ACUAACGAUUUAAAGCGUUUAGUGAAAGAACUCUCUGAGACAAGAAGAGAUUUAAAUAGAGAUUUACUGCAUUAUCAUCGCAUUGGACAACAUAUUGAGUCCUUAAGUACUAUCAUCAUAUCCUUAGGAGGAUCUCCUGCGGGUUUAUUUUCCUCGGAGAACGCUCCCCCUAAGAAGGAAGUUUGCCCUGAAAAAUUUAUGGGAUAUAGUUGGCCUUUCUUUAGAAAAGGUUUCAAGCGAGUCAACUGCACAGAGUUUGUUCCUCUUAACCAGCUUAUCACGCUUCUUGUUGUUCUACCACACGAGCUGUCAGCUAAAGAGCAGCUUAAUUUUUUUCGAAGCCUGCAGAGGUACCAUCCACAAAUAAAUACUGUACUCGCAUCUAAAGAAGAACUUCAACUAGAAACUAUAAGAAAGCUUGAGCUGAACUUCAAGAAUAUGGUUUUUAAGGAUCUCUAUUGUGGUAAGACUUGGAACUCGUUAUUACAGGAAGUGACCACGCCCUACGUGCUUCUAGCUCCGGAUGCAACUCACUUUAACGAUGAUAUUGACCUUGAGCGUCUCCUCCGUGUACUUAGUGAGAACGAAGAUGCUAUCAUUGCCGGGGGGAGUCACCGAAAUCAAGAGGGGGAGUGGGACAUUGGUUGUCUUCAAGUGACAUUUAAAAACUGGACUGCUUAUUUUAGGGGCGGUUAUUACCAGUCAUACCGUAACGAGUGCAUUGUAUGUGAUGUGCUGUCCGGUCCAUUUAUGGCCUCAACUGAGAACCUGAAGGAGAUUGGAAUCGACAAAAAGUAA